AGGAUACACGAGAAGCACAUUCAACUCGGACACAAAGUUGGUUGUUGUGGUAUUAAACACCAUAAACAGCAACCAUUCACGUGUCUGCAUUUGAUGCGCAUCUGGUAUGAAAAGCAUUUGAGGGGGCCCUUGGCUUUUAUGGGCCUAAGGCAGUCGCCUACCUUUGCCUAAUGGGUAAGUCUGGCUCUGCUACUGUAUAAUAUGUUGUUACGUCCCCUGGUAGCAUAGAGGUAUGAGGAAGACAUACAUAAUAAAAUGUAAACACAACACUAUAAUUUUGGUCUCUGGGGAGUGCUAGGGGAGAAUGAUACAAGGACAACCAACAUGACAAUAAGUGGUUUGCUUUAUUUACAAGAUAUAAUUUACACAACUGAAAACACACCAACCAAAAACCUUAUUUACAGCUAUAUACAAAGAAAAAUAAUGCUAGUUCGAAUAUCCUCAGAGAAUAAGAAAAUGAGCCGUGCUAAACAAACAAAAAUAACAAAAACAAAAAAUUCACUAACUAAUUCUCCACCCUCUAAACUACAACCCAAAAAUAAAGAAAUCUUUGUGGUUCAACACGCCCUACCUAAAGCUUCACUAACUAACAAAACAAAACUUACACGGGGUUGCACACGCUCCUUCCCUGGUGUGUCUAACAAAGGGUAAUUCUACGUGUUUGCUCAAUGUAAGUCAUUGACAUACAGUACUUCCCUUUCCUAUAUCUCCGGGCUGGUGAAAUUUAUGUCAGACAAGAUGUUCUCGAUGUCAAACACAAGCAAGCAAGCCACCACUAAACAGCAGCAUCAAACAAACUGGCACAGCCAACAAACAAUCCAAGCUCCUCCUCCUCUGUUCUCCACGGCAUCUUUUAUCUUGCACCAAUUAAUGAUGGGAUGUUUCACGAGACGAUGAUAAUCAUGAUGUACACAUCACCCAACCAAUCAUAGCACCUAAAAACAGAGAAACAGCAGAGAGCGGGAAAACAGGAAGAAACCGAUAACAAGGGAAGAAAUACAGCAACAAAUAACAAAAGGGGAGGGAACAACCAGAGCACGUAACAUAUGUAUAUAAAUAUGUAUAUAUAACAAAGUAGUCAUGGAUUUUGUCAUAAUCCAUUCAGAUCCAAGGUUACGCUUCCUCUAAAAAGACUUUUGUAAGUCAGUUUUGAUAAAGGCAUCUGGUACACAAUUAUUUCCAAGAGCAAAUAAUGUGACCUAUGCAUAUAAACUGCACAGCUGUUCUCUUACUGUAUGUAAGGAAGUUGUGACUUAUAUUUACAUGCAUGCAAAAUGGGGUUUACAAGAUAAGCUCUUCAGUGUUAAACAAACAAAGGGAGAAAAUGCUUAACACAAGUGUUGUAUCUGUUGAAGGAAAACAUUUAUCUUAUGCUUCAAGCACUUAUUUAAUCCCUCUCUUGUGGGUUGGGAAUAUGUGCUGCAUGUACAAAUCUGGGUAUUUGUUUUGUAUUUCUAUAAUAGAAAUUAUAUUUCUGUGAUGCUAUUUCAAUGAUAGUUUCAAUAUUUACAACAUUAGAACAAAUGGUUUGUGAUUUCCUACUGGUUUCUGCCUCUCAUCCUACUGUCCUGAGCAUCACAAGUGUAUCACAAUAUUUGACCAAACAGUUCUAUGGACUGCCAUAGACUUCCAUUCAAGAAUAAUAAUAAUAAGAAGAACAAGAAUAUACUUGAAAAGCAGCAAUUCAGGGCCAAUGCACUGCCAGCAAAGCAAAUACAGCUUGUGACUUCAGGUUUAACUUGCAUUUUAUUUGCCUCCAAAAUAUGGGUUUUUGUAAUGUAAAUUUCUUCUUUAAUCCGAUGAGGAACCUGAGAAUCUGACAGAUAUAAAGAGUGUUUGUGACAGACUGAAGGAACACAAAUGGUGAGUUACUGCUUUAUUCUUUAUUUACAUCACUGAACAUUCAGACAUUUAUACAACUUUCAUAAAAUAAACAAAAAGUCAAAGAAGACGAUAUAAAAAUGUUUCUAUUAUUUUGGUCUAGAUAAAUCAGGUCUCUGCUGUGAUCUACUGAAGAAAGAGUAAAAAGAUGGCAGUAAGCUCAUCAAUAACUCUUCAUUCCUAGAGAUGUUUUCAGCUUCAUUUUAGUGUGAUGUUCAUCUCUUUCUCUCUGUAUCUUGUGUAGAUGAUGGUGUUUUUGGCGGCUCUUCUACCAGUUGUACUGAUGAGUGAAUGUCAGUAUGAAAAUGAUUGUUCUGAUAUUUAUAACUCAGGAGAAAAAGUCAGUGGGAUUUACUCCAUCUAUCCAGCAGUUGACAUUCCUGUCUGGGUAUAUUGUCAGAUGAUCUCAGAUUGGAAUGAUGAAGACAGUGGAGGAUGGACGGUGAUUCAGAGGAGAAUGGACGGCAGUGUGAAUUUCUAUCGACCGUGGAAUCAGUACAAGAGAGGAUUUGGGAAUGUGGAGGGUGAAUACUGGCUGGGGCUGGAGAACAUGUACCAGCUGACUCGCAACAGGGCUUACAUUCUGAGGGUGGAUCUGGAGGAUUUUCAAGGAAAUAAAGUUUUCGCUCAGUACUCAAACUUCUCUGUGGGUCCUGAAACUGAUGGGUAUAAACUACAAGUUUCAAGAUUCACUGAUGGAGGAGCUGGGGACUCUUUAUCUUACCAUAAUGGACAGAAGUUCACCACCUUAGACAGAGACCAAGAUGUCUAUAAAGAUAACUGUGCUAAAAUUUGUCUCGGGGCAUUUUGGUACAAACGCUGUACGGAAACAAACCCUAAUGGUGUGUAUUUAUGGGGUGAAGAGGCCGAAUAUUUUGCUAUUGGAAAUUUUUGGAAUGCCUGGAAGGGUAAAACUGUUGGAAUGAAAUCCAUCAGCAUGAAGAUCAAACAUGUGUCUUAGAAAUAUUACAGUGCUUUUCAGGAAUAUACAACAGAACAAUUAAAUUAAUGUUUAAGGGUUUACUCUCCUCUUUUAGUUGUAGUGUCUUUCCUAUAAUGUUAUAGAUUGUCCUUGACUCAUAGGUUAAAAUAAACAAUGUCCACAAAGCAAUGUCCAUUUCUUGACUUGUUAAUUUAAUGAACAAACAACACUUAAAUAAAAGCAUGUGGAGCUAUGCUAAGAACCAUAUGUUCCUGCCACCUGUACCUGUCUAAUACAGCAACAAGGGCAGGUUAGUUUCAUGCAAUGUGAAAAGGUGACCUACAUCUACUCACCACAGUGCAUAACACCUUCUAGUGGUGAAAUAAUCACUACAUUUUUGGCUCCUGCACUGUAUAUGUGUGUUAUGCAAAUUCACGCAAAAGACACAUAGCGCACAUUCAAAUCCCAA